AUGCAGCAACAGGUUGUCGCAAGUUGCAUUCUAGGUUCAGCCUUUGCGGCCAAUAAACCUACUCCACUGAUUGCAAGCGUCAGUGGGCCGACAGCAGAGGUUCGCUUGCUACAGCCAUCGCGGCGGGUCCUGAGCGUUUCUGCUGCUGCAGCAGUGGGAGAAGCCAUACAGAUCGACCGCCAAAGGAUCUACUCCACAAGGCAAGCUCCCCAUGAUUUGGGGCCUCGCCAGCGCACCCCGAGGCCAAAUGGGACGAUUUCUGGGACAAGGGGUUGGAUUGACCUGGUUCUUAUGACAUACUUCUGCGGUGGCGCGCUGUCCAUGACACGCAUGGUUAUCCUCCUAGCGCAGACAGCCACGCUGGGCUUCCACUGGCAGCCAUUCAUCAUCCCUGCCGCAGCUGGGUUCGCGUUCAUCCCCCUGGGCUGGGCAGGAUACUUGGUUUUCAGCGGGCGUGGAACCUGCAGUUACACGAAUUCUGCUCUGAACUUCAUCAUCCCAGUCAGUGAUCUGCCUGCUUGUGGUGGACGAAGCUACAACUUUCCAGAGUUUCUGGUGGAGCUCGUGACUCUAUCAGCACUCUUCUCCUCCAUCUAUGUCAUCUUUCUUAGCAGGUACUUCAAAGCUCAAUUUGCGUGGUAUACCGAGCCGAAUGCGUCAUGGUUAUUGCUAGGGUGCAAGCUGCUGCGCAUUCUUGGUGUUUCGGCAAUGAUUGGCUUAGUUGGAGUGGCUUGGAUACCGACCCACUUCUACAAACUGAUCCACCGCACAGCCGCAUACGUGUUUUUCUUGGCGAGCAUCUGGAUGCUUUUCUUGUAUGGACUGUUGGUCGCUUGCCUGCCGGAUGCUUGCCGACGGCCUUUCAUGCUACCGGUAGCCGUUGGUACCGUGCUUUGGAUUUCGAUGACAAUCUAUGGCGUGCAGUUCACCUUCAACUUUUGCGAUCGAAUCUGCGGGGGUGGAGAUUUUAGUCAAGAGCCGCACACUGUGCAGAUGCAGAAAGAGGAGCUGCUGCUCUACGAGAAGUACCGUUGGUGUUUGUCCCUGGAAAGUGUUGCUGAAUGGCUCAUCGUCGCUAUGUAUGCGUUCUGGGUACUCCUGGCACCAGCUACUUGA